AUGGCUCUAUCUGCCUCAACACUUCGUCUGCUCAUCGUCAUCUUCGUCGCGCUUGGAAGCACAACCUAUGGCUAUUGCGCCUCCAUCAUCAGCACGACCCUGGCGCAGCCCUCCUUCAUCGCCUACUUUGCACUUGAUACCCGGUCCAAUGCCACAGAUCUUACCGGUUCAAUCUUUGGCCUUUUCCAAACCGGUGGUUUCUUCGGUACAUUGUCAUGUCUGAAGUCUGCCGACUGGUUGGGUCGACGCAAAGCACUCUUCUACGCGAGUCUGGUAACCACCGUGGGUGGAGCCCUCCAAGCCGGCAGUGUGAAUAUUGGAAUGUAUAUCUUUUCACGAUUUCUCACUGGCAUUGGCAUCGGCGCUCUCGUUACACUUGUGCCGCUUUAUCAGAGCGAAAUUGCUCCACCCAAGAUUCGAGGCUUCCUUGUUGCCAUGCACGGCGUGAUGCUGUGUGUUGGUUACUCAGCCGCCAGCUGGGUCGGCUUAGGAUUUUACUUCGUUAAUGCUGGCGGAGCACAGUGGAGACUCCCUCUUGCUAUCCAGGCGAUUUGGCCUGCUGCGCUUGCUGCCGGGGUCUUGUUCCUGCCUGAAACCCCCAGAUGGCUGCUUGAUCACGAUCGGUUUGAGGAGGCUUUCGAGUCCUUCAAACGUGUCCGUGCAGAGACAUCUGAUGCCUUCUUGAGCGACGAAGCAGCCCUUAGAGCCGAUUUUGCCGUCCUGCGUGAGCAAAUCAUCUUCGAAAAACAACAGCAAUUGUCCUUCUGGGAUCUUUUCCGCCUUCCUCAUUAUCGAAAGAGGCUUAUCGUCGGUUUUAUUACCAUGGUCGCCCCUCAAGUCACGGGCACUCAGAUCAUUUACAACUACGGUUCGCAAUUAUACAAAAGUCUAGGAUUCAACACCCUUGAACAGCUUCUUCUGAGUUGUGGCUGGAUCACUUUCUCGCCCUUUGGCAAUUGGUUUAAUGGCCUGGUUGUGGACAAAGUGGGCCGAGUGAGGAUGCUGGUGAUCGGAAUCAGUGGCUGCAUCCUGUGUCUCGUAGGCGAGGUCAUCACGCUCGCUCAGCUCGAGAAGGGACAAAAUCGGGCAGCCACGAAUGCGGCUGUUUUCUUCCUUUUCUUGUUCGUGGGCUUCUAUGCAAGCUUCAUUGAUGCCACCACAUAUAUCUACGCUUCUGAAAUUUGGCCAACUCCGGUCAGGGCGAAAGGCCUGGCAUUGUCCAUCUCGGGCUUGUUUCUCUCAUCGCUGGCAAUUCUUCAAGGAGCUCCAGCCGGCUUCGCCAACAUUGGAUGGCGAUACUACUUGGUCUUCAUCUCAGUCACCUCUGUGAUGGUUGUUUUCAUGUACUUCUACUUCCCAGAGACCAAAAAAUUGAGCUUGGAGGAGAUUGGAGAAAUAUUUGGUGAUGAAGUUGCACAUGUCGACGCGAGUACAGCAACGGCCAUGGGUGAGAAAGGAGUCACCGAGCUACACAUCGAAACCACAGAUGCAAAACAGUAG